GUAGCCUGCGCAAACGUCGAUCGUGACCUGCGUAUGUUUCUGUUUUCUCAUAUGCACAUAUCAUAUUCAUUUACACGCUUGCGCACCCAACACAACAGACAACCAUUCACAUCACGCCGAACGUACGCACACAUAUGUGCGUCGUGCACGUACGUGCGCACACAAUAGCAUCUACAAGAAGUUUUGUUAUUAAUUAACGACCCGUUUCCUGUGUUUUUUGUUCAUUUCGCUCGGAAGAUCGGGCUCAUUUACGAUCGCAACAAUACAAUAACAAAUCAAGUUCACACCGAGUCUCUUCGCUGUGCGGUCCGUACUCUGCACUGAUGUGUAAAACUUAUUCAGUCGGUGAAAUGUUUGUCGUGUGCUCGUAUUAUUGACCUAACCCGCAUUCGGAUUGCAAAAAAUCGCUAACAACGACGUAUUAUUCAAUUCGGAGCGUCGCGAGUGAUAUGAAUUACAUCGGCUGUUACUGUUACCAAUUCGUGGCAUGUUUGUCGUCUGCGAGCGUCGCCGACGAUACCUGUUGCUGUAUGAAUACCCGACUGUUGCGUUGUGCUGAACAAUGAAUCGAUUUAAGGACGCCGAAACAAACAGAAGUAACAACAUGGUGAUGUCAAUCAAGAGCAAGUUUGAGCAAAAGGAGAACACUGAGAAUAGUGUGCAAGAACCGCCGGAGCAACGCACCAAGACAUUACCGAGCUUAUCAAGACAACUCAGUGAUCCUGUGAAGGUGAAACGAACGCCAGCAUUUCGGUCGGAUCAGAAACCCUUUCAGCGUGGAAACGCAAACGCCACCAGCUACAGAGAGAAGAAAACCGUUUUAAAAGUCAGUGAUAAACCCAGCAAUGUGAAUUUGUUAAGAAAACACUUUGAUUCUAAAGAUGAUCUGCCCAAACGACGAAUUAUUCCGAAAGCAUUGAACGAACGAAGCAAUUCUAGUGCUGAAAUUAUUUUAAACAGGUGUGCAAAUCAUCGCGAUUAUGUUAAUAUUACAGCUUUAUAUACGGAACCAAUACCAAAAAACCAACGGCCUAAUGCUAUACACAACAUGACAACUUUGAAAAUAUCUGACAAGAGUAACAAGACUGAAGUGCUAAAUGUACAAAACGCGCACAAUUCGACCGCAAUUAGUGAUGACAUCAAUUACAAAUUGGAAGCUUUAAGUGACACAUUGAAAUCAGCACUGAAAAAACCAUUACCAUCAGGCCCAGCACCACAAAAACCACCACGAACCUUCAUGCAUCAAUCUUCAACUACAUCACCUGUUACAUCACAAACCAAUUCACCAGUAAUGGUAAACAACGCCCGAAAAGAUUUUGCUGCCAAGUUGAAUGUCAAUUUACAGAAGAGUUUGACACUGAAAGCAAACAACAAUCAUUCCAGAAGCAAUAAUACCAGUAUUACCAAACCAGACCCAAAAUACAUGCUUGACAAGCUAGAAAACGCUCUCAAAACGAACCGAAUAAAGAAAAACGCGCGUCCGGUGAAUUCAGAUGACAGACGAUUGCAGGACUUGAAUGCGCAGACGUCGCGCUCGAAACUUAAUUUAAAUUGUUUACAUUCGUUGAAUUGCACGAAUAACACAUACGAACGAUUGCCAGACUUAAAUAAUGGCAAUAGUAGUAAUAAAAGAGGCGAUGAGCCUGUCUAUGCUGAACCAUUUGCUUUCCUAAGGGCAACGCAUGCAGAAAAACCAAAUCAAUGUGAUAUAAACAACGGCAAUACCAGUAAAACCAACAGGAACAGUCUGUACUAUAUGAGUACACCCAUUGGCUCCGAAUCGACGCCGCUGCUGAACAAAGCCGCCGACACCCAGUUCCUGGACGCAGCGCGCAAAACCGACGAUGAGAUCGCGAUGUGCGACACGCCGUCCUCCUCGUCGCGCUCCUCAUUGGAUGAGCCGCCAUUGAAAAUCAAGGAUCUCAUCAAAUCCUUUGAAGAUAGCAACUCUUCAUCACCGCCGGUGCAUCCGCCUGCCGAUCGUGUUGAAAAACUGGAAAAACAGUUGAGACACACACUGGAGCAGAGCUUUAAUGAUUCGGGUGGUGUUGGUGCGCCGCUGAUUACAAACAACAACGAUACGGAAGAUAAACGGCAAGAUGAAGCGAUGCUGGGGAAAUUCGAAACCUACGUGCGAACGAUCAAAAUGAUCACGCAGUCGCGCCAGAAACACCAACAGAGACAGAUGUAUCAUUGCUGUAUGCUGGUCACUUUGUGCGAUAAGGUGCCGUAUAUCAAGUUUAAGUAUCCGCCAAAUGCCAAAUUACCUAAUAGUAUAGCGAAUCUCGUCUUCCCGGACUCAACAUGCUUUGACAGUGGCCCCAAAGCGCAGUGCUACUCGAUUGUGAUCACCAACGAUGAUGGCGAGCGAAUUUACGGAUAUUGCAGACGCGUUCUCCCUGAAGAUUCACAAAACUGCCUGCCUUUAGCUUACUGCAUUCUGAGUCGCAAUCGUGCGCCGCGGUUUUACAAUCGCAUUUUGGAGGAAAUUGAAUCUCGACAUGGUAUACCAGAUAAAGACCGUGAUAUUCUCCUGCAAGAGUUCUACCUGAAAUGUUUUCCCAGUCCGGGAGACGCGGUUUCCUUCCAGAUAAAGUUCUCGGAAGAGAAUCCUCUGCAUCAUUAUGCGUUAGUCAAUGGCGGUGUACGAAAUGGCGUCACAGAGAAAAAUGGUGGAGUAGAACAUGUGGAUAUUGUUUUGCAUCAAGAUGCUAGACAUAAAGAAAAUGAUCUGGAGGAGUUGUGUCAGUGUUUGGAAGAUACCAAUUUGUUAUUAAAAGUGUUCGCGUCGUUAUUAUUAGAGCGUAAGGUUAUUUUGCUGAGUGGUCAAUUGGGCAGAUUAUCGACAUGCAUGGAAGCACUGCAGAAUAUUCUUUACCCAUUCUCAUGGCCACACACGUUGAUACCAGUAGUUCCCAGGGAUUUAUGGGAAAUAGUCGAGGCACCAACGCCAUUAAUUUGUGGUGUUCUCUCAGUUAAUGUUGUUAAGGAGCAUGAAAUCAACGACGCGAUUGUAAUCGAUCUCGAUCACGGGCGACUCUUACAAGAUGUCGGCGAUGAAAUGAGUAUCCUACCCAGAUGCCUCAUCAAAGAAUUCAAAGAUGGACUUGCUUUGGCCAAGGUCCACCGUAGUUCGCCUAAUAAAGAAAAGCGUAGCAUUUAUAACGUUCUAUUGAGCGAUGCAUUCCUGCGUAUUUUCGUCCAUAGCUGCGGCCAUUACAAAGACUACCUGAGCGAUGAAGGCUUUGACUUGGAAGGAUACAUUCAGCGUCCUAAAAAGACGAUACAACGCUUCCUGAAAUGGUUCACACAAACGUCCAUGUUCUCCACGUUCGUGGAAAACAUCAUCGCCGAUAAAAACUAUUAUAAAAUCUUCGAGAGUCGCACGAGGAUUUACCGAGCGCAAGAUGCUACCACCAUUUUGGAAAAGAUGAAAGAAUGGCGACGAGACUAGCAUAGAUUAAUGCAGGAAUGUGUUAUUAUGACCAGAUUAUUAUCAUGGGCUACCGUUAACGCCUGCGUUUGUUAUAUUUUAUUAUUUAAUAAAAAAGAGAGUAUAAAUUA